UAUCACUCUCUGUACUGUACUCAUCUUCUUGUCUAAAUGUAGUCUGUGCUGUCAUAUUUUCUGUAUGAGAUGAAGAACGUUCUCUUUGCCCAGUUACGUUCACUUGAUAAUCCGAUAAAUAGGCUGGUAGUCGAAUUUGCCGUUUUGGCCGCACAGAUUCGGGAAAAGCUGAACCUUUGUCAUUGUAAGUAGCCAUCCUUAACCAAGGUAAGCACUGAGAUCCGGCUUGAAGGACCAAAUGUUUAGGAGAAAGAACCGCAGGCGCUUAGGAGGCUAUAGUUCUCGCCCUGGAGCGUCAGUCAGAACGCAUGACACGAGGCAGUUAUCAAUUUGACUUAUUUACUAAAAUUCUUCAACAGCACAGACAUACAUUAGACUUCCAAUUGUACAGUGUGAUAGCAGCUCAGCUUAGUAUAAUGUAGGUGUUCAUACAGUAGUUUGGAGGCGUGAAUGUGUGGCUGCAAUAAACAAAACAACAGUUUACUUGUACUAUAAAACAACAAACAAGAUUACAGGUUAACUAAAGCACUGUUCCUUAUAAACAGGGUUCUAAAUUAACACCCGCCAACCCACCAAAUGCGGGUUAAAAUUCAUUUUGGCGAGUGUUAAUAAAAACUUACUAGCCAGUUUGGCCGGUGAUGCAUGUGGCAUUGCAUGCAUGAUACAUAUGCUCUGUUCUCGGACAUUUAUCCCUCCGGCAGUACUUCUUACAUUACCCAUGAACACUGUGCCGUAAUGCUACGUGAUGAUAUUUCAUACACCCAUUGGUUGCGCGCAGUUUGCAGUGAAACCAGCGCGAGAAACCAUGGAAACGAAUGGAGCACGUCCACCAAAACACAAGUAGGGCGGCACGUGCCCCAGUCUAAAUCAUUUGUGCCCCGGUGUAAAUCUCAAGUUAAAAUUAUAGCAGUUAACUAGUGUAUUCCUUUACAAAGAUAAUAGCGGCAAAACUGUAGUUACUAUAUGCAAUGUAGUUACCCAAUUUAAAGCGGCGCAACAGGCGCACUGACGAAAGGGAAGCAGAAAGGAGAGAUGAUGAGUUUCAGGGAGGUAAGACAAAUUACAUCCUUACUCAGUCAGGUCUCAAACAUUAGAGGAAAAAUCUCAGGAAAACCUCUUGUCAAGUAUAUAGGAUUGCAUUGUUGCUGAGAAAAUCUAUGUGUUAUACUGUUCUUUAUUUUCAAAUGAAUUUAAUAUUUAGUUUACUAAUCUUUAACUGACACAACAUAAACAGUUAGCAGUAACUAUGACUGAGAUUAUUUUAAUAUAGCAGUCAUAAAAUGACUGGUUUCUUAAAAUAUUGUAAUUUAUUAUUAUUUAUUAUUUUAUGUAAUAUUGUACAUAUUCUUGUAAAUAUCAUUUUAAAGUUGAGGCAGUAAAGGACCAUUAGAGUGCCCGAAGUCAUCAAAGAGCCUAACGUUAAUUAAAACUGCCAAGACAGGUCGUAUGGAAGAGAGCCUUACUGGAAGAAGCCUCACUUUAUGUGUGUUUUUCAUACCAACAAUGUUAAUAAAAUUAUCAAAUGCAUUCAGUGGCACUCAUAAUUUCUAUUUUUCACCGGAAAAAAAUUGGCUAGUGGAAAUGCUGAUUAACUGAUUAUUAUGCCGUGCAUGCCGAUUAUCCACCACUCUAUGGCUGAGAAUGGCUGUGUCAGAUUAAACUGAACUGGAAAGAAAUAAAUACAGUUAAAUUGAAGAUGCUAGGAGCUGUUCUGCAGGAACAUGCAGCUGUUUUCUCUAAACAACUGGGAGAAAUGAAGAGCAUUAAAGCUAAAAUAACAUUGAAGCCUGAGCACAAACCCAAGUUUUGUCAGCCCAGAGUUGUUCCGUAUGCUCUGCGUCCAAAAGUUGAAAAGGGGCUAAACCGUCUCACUGAAAUAGGUGUAUUGUCACCUGUACAGUACAGCGAAUGGGCUACCCCAAUAGUCCCUGUGGUGAAGAAUAAUGGAGCAGUGCGCAUCUGUGGUGAUUUUAAAGUGACGAUAAACCCCGUCCUUCUCAUUGAACACUAUCCGUUACCAUGUAUCGAAGACCUGUUCGCUUCAUUGGCGGGAGGACAAUGUUUUAGCAAACUGGAUUUGUCACAUGCUUACCUCCAGAUGAGGGUGGAGGAGGAGUCAAUGAAGUUCCUUACAAUUUCCACACAGAAAGGGCUAUUCCAGUAUAAACGCCUUCCGUUCGGAAUUGCUUCGGCUCCAGCCAUAUUCCAGAGAGCUAUGGACCAAGUAUUACUAGGUCUUUCCAAUGUCCAUUGCUAUCUCGAUGACAUUCUUGUUACCCGGAGGACUGAAGCUGAACACCUGGAAAACCUGGAUGCAGUCCUUGGACACUUGGAGGAGUUUGGUUUGCAUGUUGAAAAAGGGAAAUGUGACUUCAUCAAGGACUCAUUGGAAUACUUGGGUCACAUAAUUGAUGCUGAAGGUUUGCACAAGUCACCUGAAAAAGUAAGUGCAAUUGUUAAUGCUCCAACCCCAUCAAACAUCACACAGCUGAGAUCAUUCCUUGGCCUGUUGAACUAUUAUGGGAGCUUCAUAGCUAAUUUGGCAACUAUUGCGAGUCCAUUGAACACCCUGCUGUGUAAGGGGAAACAUUGGCAGUGGUCUACAGAGUGUGAGGGUGCAUUUAAAAAGGCAAAAGAACAAUUAGUGUCACAAAACGUCUUGACACAUUAUGACCCACAGAACGCAAUUCGGCUCGCGUGUGAUGCAUCACCUUACGGCAUUGGUGCCGUUAUCUCCCAUAUGUUACCCAGCGGUGAAGAAAAGCCAAUAGCUUUCGCAUCACGCACACUUAGCAAGGCAGAACAGAAUUAUGCGCAGAUCGAGCGUGAGGCUCUGGCAAUCGUGUUCGGAGUCAGAAAAUUCCAUCAGUAUCUCUAUGGAUGGAAAUUCACGCUUUUCACAGAUCACCGCCCCCUUACUACGAUCUUUGGACCACAGAAUGGAAUCCCAUCUAUGGCGGUGGCACGUAUGCAAAGGUGGCCAUUGCUUUUAUCUGCACACAACUACACCAUUGAGUACAAAAGAGGUGAACAUCAUGCAAAUGCUGAUGGUAUUUCCCAUCUGCCAUUACAAGUGGAACACAAAGAGAAAAAGGAUGCUGUUGAGCUGUUCUACCUCAGACAGGUAGAGAAGCUACCUGUCAGUGCCACUGAUAUCCAACAUGAAACUAUGAGUGACACUAUCUUGUCUACAGUAGUCGAGAUGGUUCUAAAAGGGACUCAAGCUGUCAGCCUGACAGAUAACAAUGCACUUUCGCCUUUCAUCUCCAAGUGCAAUGAACUGUCUGUCCAACAAGGGUGCUUAAUGCGGGGGUUGAGAGUCGUCGUUCCUCACAAGCUGCGGAAAAGGGUGCUGGAGGAACUGCACACCGGCCACCCAGAAAUUGUCAGAAUGAAGUCCAUCGCUCGCCCCAUAACGUCAGACCCCCGUCCCGAAUUUCAGCCAAUCUCAUCUGGUCACCCUAUAUUUAUCACAGGUCAUUUCAGAGUGUUUUAUAUAUAUAUGUUAUGAUAGUAAAAACAUAACAUAUUUCAAUACAAAUAAACAAAGUAUAACUCGUAAAUACAAUGCUCUUAAGUAUAAAGUGUACAAAACAAAUAACCAAUAACCGUUUAAAUAAUAAAACAAUGUCUAAAUAGCAGGCAUAAGAAGUCAACAAUGGCGUUAAUCAUGUACUAAUGCCACAGGAUUAUGCAUGACAGUAUACACAUUUCCUAUAAAUGAAUUUCCUAAUGAAAUACUUAUUUGUUCCUAAAUAUACACAUAUGUCAUCAACAUUAAACAUAAAGGGAACAAUAAUAAACUCACUUUUCUCAAAUGGACGCACACAAUUCGUAACAAACACCACAAACUCUGCACAGCAACUUUCCGACGAUCUUUCCUGUCAGAUUUCCUCAAUUAAUGAGAUGCGGAUUUCUCACGUGCACAAUCAAUGCUGGCAGGUCCGUCAAAGACAGCUAGAGGGCGCCAAAGCCAUACCUUU